CUUACUUUCAAACCGCUAGCCCAGGAGAGAGAAAGAGAGAAAGAGGGAAAAAGAGAAGGGGCGUGUAAGAGAGCGACUGAAGAGAGGGUUUAGUUAAAUUCUUCACGUAAAUUCCUCGAAUCUUCGUGAAAAAUUUGUGCAUUUCGUAUUGGUCUUGAUUGAUUUUGAAGUUUUCAAAUACAAUUAUUGUAAUUUGAUGUACUUUAUUUAAAUGAGUCGUUUAGGGUUUAAUAAAUCGGUGGUUUACCGUGGGGAAGCUUGUUUGGGUGAAUUGGAUGUGAUUCAUACCGGUGAUAAGAAUUUCCAAUUCCCAAACAACGAGAUUAGGAUUCAUCAUUUCUCUCAGGUCAGCGAACGAUGUCCACCUCUUUCAGUUUUGUUAACAAUUUCUUCUUUCUCAGUUCGUUGCAAGCUUGAAUCAUCAUCCCCUGUUCGACAACCCCUGCUCAUCGAUCUUCACGCUACUUGCUUCUACGAACUAAAGACAGCUGUGGUGGUGAUUGGAGAUGAAGAGGUUCAUUUGGUGGCAAUGCCAAGCAAGCUAAAGAAAUUUCCUUGUUUCUGGUGUUGUUUGGUUCCAGCUCAAUUGUAUAAUGCCUGCUUAGGGAUGUUGAACAUGCGGUGUCUUGCCAUUGUGUUUGAUCUUGAUGAGACACUUAUUGUUGCAAAUACGAUGAAGUCUUUUGAGGAUAGGAUUGAGGUUUUGACUGGUUGGAUUGGGCAGGAGUCUGAUUCCAUUCGGGUUUCUGGGAUGACAUCUGAGCUUAAAAGAUUUGUGGAAGAUCGAGCAUUAUUGAAGCAAUACAUUGAAAAUAAUUCUGUUACUGAUAAUGGCCAGACAUAUAAUGUGAAACUGGAGGAAGUUCAUAUGAAUGCUGCUGGAAAUGAGCGUGUUGUUCGACCAGUUAUAAGAUUGCCCGAAAAGAAUAUAGUCUUAACCCGUAUUAAUCCAGAGAUACGUGACACAAGCGUGCUUGUGAGGUUAAGACCUGCAUGGGAGGAUUUAAGAAGCUAUUUAAUUGCAAAAGGGCGCAAAAGAUUUGAAGUUUAUGUAUGCACAAUGGCUGAAAGAGAUUAUGCACUGGAAAUGUGGAGGUUGCUAGAUCCAGAAGCCCACUUAAUUGGCCCAAAACAACUAUUAACCCGUGUUGUAUGUGUCAAAUCAGGUGCACGUAAGUCUUUACUUAAUGUCUUCCAAGAUCGCACCUGUCAUCCAAGAAUGGCUAUGGUGAUUGAUGAUAGGCUGAAAGUUUGGGAUGAUAAAGAUCAACCUAGGGUUCAUGUGGUCCCUGCUUUCACUCCAUAUUAUGCUCCACAGGCAGAGACAGCAAAUGCUGUUCCUGUUCUUUGUGUUGCAAGAAAUGUUGCAUGCAAUGUUAGAGGUGGUUUCUUUAAAGAAUUUGAUGAGAAUCUACUAAGGAGGCUUUCAGAUCACUUCUAUGAAGAUGAAGUUUUAAAUCUGCCACCUGUCCCAGAUGUUUGUAACUAUCUAAUGUCAGAGGAUGCUAGUUUUGUACCAAAUGGCAAUAUAAAUCCCCUAAUGACAGAAGGAAUCAAUGGCCCGGAAGUUGCUCAUAAACUUAACCAACAGGAUGCAAGAAAUGUUGCCACGUCAGCAUCAAAUGUUGCCACGUCAGCAUCAAAUCUUGGUACUGGUGUGGAGUUAAAAUCUGAAAAGCCACAACAGUCUGUUCCAGUUACAACCAUCUAUGGCCCACCAUCUUUCAAAUCAAUGAUACCUUCAGAAAAACCUAGCUUACUGGGCCCCAUCCAAGGACCUCGACCUGGUCAUAUUCCUAUCUUUCAUGGCACAUCAAGUUCCUUUUCUCCAGGGUUUCAAGUUCCACCACUUGUAUAUGAACCAAAGAAUGAAGAGGUAUUCCAUGGUUAUGGAUUGCAAAAGAGGAAUUUGCCACAAGUGGGUUUACUUUCAGAUACAGGCUUACUACAGAAUCAAACAUCCUAUAAUAGCAAAAAAAAUCUCCCUGAUGGUGGAAAUUCAAACUUUUUACCACCUUCUUUAUCCAUUGGAGUGCUGCAGGAAAUUGGACAGAGAUGUGGUUUUAAGGUUGAAUACAGAUCCAUUUUAAGCUCUAGCAAGGAUUGGCAGUUUUCAUAUGAGGUGUUGUUGACAGGGGAGAAAGUGGGUGUUGGAAUGGGUAAGACCAGAAAAGAUGCACAACAACAAGCUGCCGAAAAUGCCCUUCGUAGUUUGGCUGAUAAAUAUGUAGCGUACCUCAUGUCACAAUCGGAAACAGGAAACAAAGAUUCCGAUGACUCUGGAAUGGAAAAUGGAUUCCUGUUUGAAACAACAGACUUUCCGGAAUCAGAUGAAUCACUUGUCAAAGAUGGAUUGCCUAUCGAUGAGGUUUCUGAAAUGAGGCGGUCCUCCAAUUUCACAGGCCAGCAACUCCAGAAGCCAGCCAACUCAUCAAGGUUAACAGAAUCCACAAGUAAAAAUUCAAAAGAAGAAUUACCUCAAAAUUCUCUAGAUUCAUCAUCCUCACGAAACCAACAGCAGCAAAAGAAAUGGAAUAGAGUUGUGUGA